AUGUUUCGCGUUGUGAGGAUCACUGAUCCGAAUGUAAGCGACUCGCAACGUGCCAACUACGCCCAGAAGUACACGGAUCUGCGUAUCAUGGCGCUCAAGCGUUCGCCACACGCGUUUUCGACGACAGUCGAGAUCGAGUCGCAGUUGGACAUGGCAGCACGGAUAGAUCGACUGGAAGAGUCACAGAAAAACAUAUUCGUCUGCAUCAACGAUGAAACAGAAGAGUGGGUGGGGCAGGUAACACUCAUCGGUCCUCUCUCCCAAUCAGAGUACGAUGCGUCCUUCCAAGUCUUGCCGGGCACUAAGUCGUCCAGGUCACCCUCUCUAACCAACGUUGUCAGCGAGAGCUACUGGCACAUGACUGCCCUCUACGUCGACGACCGCUUACGUGGCCAAGGUCUGGCGCGCCUUCUCUGCGAGGAAUGCUUUGCAUACGUCGGCAAAGGUCAGCUUCGAAUCAUCAUCAAACCAGACAACACCAAGGUGAUAGAAAUGUACAAACGCAUGCAUUUCCAUGUUUUCGAAGGCAAAGCUGCGCUGCUCGAAGCGAUUCAUGCCAGUAGAGACGGAUUCAAUAGGCUGCCCAGUGACGCUGUAGCAAGCUCGGUAUACAAUUCGCGUGGAGGAAUAGUGAUGGUGAAAAUGAUAGAUUCGUGA